CGGGAGACGGUCUCAGGUGGAGAGGACUGGGGCUCCGUGGGAGUGAGGGAGCUCCGUCGCCACCAAGGGCCACCGAGGCGCAGCUUGACUGGGGAGGCAGAGACUCCAUUUCCCAGGCUGCAGAGGGAAGGGGGCUAAGCCUUCCUCGCUGCAGGUUGAACUUCUCGGUUGCAGAUGAGCAAGAGAGAAAACCGUGAAGGGAGAAAGAGAAGAAAGGAAAGAAGGGGGUGGGGGAAGAAGGGAGGAAGGAGGAGGAGGAGGAGGAGGAGAAGCAUCUCUGGGCAGGCGAAUUAUGCAUGCAUUAAGCGAACUCUGAGAGAAUGGCUGUGGAAGUUUCAUAUUGUGAAGCUGACAAAGCCAGUGGCCCUUUGGACACAGCAAGAUGUAUGCAAGUGGUUGAAGAAACAUUGCCCCAAUCAGUAUCAAAUCUACAGUGAGUCAUUCAAACAGCAUGACAUAACUGGCCGCGCACUGCUCAGGCUUACCGACAAAAAGCUUGAGCGAAUGGGGAUUGCUCAGGAGAGCUUACGUCAGCACAUUUUGCAGCAAGUGCUCCAGCUGAAAGUGAGAGAGGAAGUUCGAAACCUACAGCUACUCACACAAGGUAGUCCUUGACUUACUGGACUUUUGGUCGCUAAGUGAUGUGGCCAUAAAGCAAGAUUUCAGAUGAGUGCAUGGCUUAGCAACUGCAAUCCCCACAAUCCCUGUGGCAAUUGUUAAGCAAAAUUUCAAAAUUUACCAGCUGAGUACUUUCCCCAAUGCAAGUCAUUCCUCGCUCUUUAUAAAUUAUACAAUGAUAUCCUGUUCAUUUAUUGCUCUUCAAGAAUCUGGAAAAAAACCCAAAUUAAAAUAGUCUAGUCAUUAAAUGCAGAUGAAAGAUAUGAAAGAGUAGAGGAAUUUAUAGAAGUUGCUUGAAGUAGUCCUUCUUCAAAUAGCCAGCUACAAAAUCUGAUUACUUACAGUAAAUCUGAAUUUAGCCUGUAUUCAUAGAAUACAGCUUUGAAUUCCAGAGUCUGUUGUAGACUUUCUCAGUUGGUUCCAGUCUUUUCCCUUCAUUUUCAAGGCAAGGAUUUGAAAUUUAUUUCUAUUUCCCUUGUGAAAUUAAGGCUAUGACUUGACUUUUCUUCUUUCACUUUAAUAUAAGCCUAUGAGGUAGGUUGGACUGAGAGAGAGUAACUGGUGGUUAAGUGGGGACUUCAACUUGUCUAACAUCCUAACCAUUAAAAAUACUCUAUUGGGCAGAAGGCUAAAUUUGACCAUUCUUCUUUGUUUCCUUUCUUUGUGGAAUAUUGCUAGAAUAUCAAAUAUGAGAUCCUUACUGUUGUUCCCGACCAGUCUAUUGUUCAGAACUCACUUACAGGAUGAAAAGACAAGGUCUGAUCACUGUGAAAAUUAGAUCAGAUUUGCAGUUGUUUCCAAAGAUAAUAUUGCAAAUUUGAACCACUUUCCCUCUCCAACUGCAUAUUUGAAUCAGCUUUUUUAGUAGAUAUUUACAUUGGUGGCUUCAAAAGAAACUUGCUGGGAGUCAUAAUAAUUAUUUUUGGAUAUCAUUCAUAGUUUCAGAGUUUCAAGAUUCCAGCUGUCUGUGAACAUACACUAUGAAUAGUACUACUGUUGCUAUAUCUCCCUAAUACAUGGUUGGUUGAGUACAGUUUCAUAACUAAUAUGGUCUUGUGGAUGCUAGGGGCUACAGGUUUCUGUAUCAAAGUGUAGGGACUUUGUUCUACAAGAGAGUUGUGUCAGUCUCACCAAAGUGCUUUCUCCAUUGCUGUGAUUUUAGCUUGAUUCAAAUACAUCUGCCUUUGACUUUGUUUUCUGACCUGCUCUUUGGAAAGCAUUUUCUGCUGAGAUUAUGCCAAAUUUAAGCACAUUUACACAUCACAGUACACAGUAUGAUAAUUAUAAUUUUUCUCCCUAAUUAUUUGCAGGGUAAAAAUUAAUAUUAUUUUGCCAGGCAGUAUAAUAAUGCUAUUUUGUCAAAAAGGAAAAGUAUGCAUGUAGGUGGUAUCUGCAACUGUGAUGCAGAAAAGAAAAAAAGAAAAUGAACUUUGAAUAGUUGAUUUUUAGCACUAAUGGAAAAUGUCUGGGACAAAUGAUGAGAAUCCCUUUCAGAUAGUUGCAAUCCCUAAGAUUCAUCUUUUGAAUGAAGUUAAUGCUAUGCCAGUCAAGGCUGUGAACUCUUAACAAGAGUUAGAUAGGGGUCAUUAUAGUGCUUUUGAUAGUUUAGAUAUAGCCUUGAAUGGAAGAUAAGGGCUCACCUCAAUGGAAUGACUUGACCAAGAUAUUUUGUAGGCCAUCCCAAUGAACUUAUUUUGUUGAACUCAAAUAUGUUCAACAAAACAGUGGGAUUUAUUUUCUCACUUUCCAAUACUCCAGUUAUAUGCCAUCCUCUUGAUGAUAUACAGGAAGCCUUGAGGCAAAAUGUGCUUAAAUUCAAAGUACUGUAAUGCUGUUGGGAUAUUAUCAAAGAAUGUUGACUGUUGUGAAUGUGGCAAAUCCAUGUGGGAGAUUAGAAAAUUUAUUUAUAGAAAAGGAAUUGUUAAAAAAAAAAACAUAUCAAGUAUUAUCCAUGCUUUUAUACCACUGAAUCAAUCACCUACUUGGAAUAUUGUGCCCAGUGUUAGUCUUCAAAGAGGACUUCAAAGAGGAUAUUAUACUAUAAAUCUUCUAUGACAAUCUUUAUAGAAGGCCUUGGAGAUCUGGCUAGGGAGAAACAGGCUUAGAUUCAAUCCUAAAAAGAUUGGUUGGCUGUAGGUUUUAAGGUUCUCCACCCCUCCCUAGUACUACAGAUCUUUGAUCUUUAGCUCUGGAUAGGAUGGCAGGUCCCCCUCAGACAAAACCAAGUUUAUAAUUUGGGGGUUCUCUCAUCUCCCUGAGUAGCAAGUGAUAGCUAUGAUGCAAAGGGCCUUUGCACUAAUUGAUCUUAUGUACCAAUUGCUUCUAGAUCAGGAGUUACGUUUCACAAUGAUUUGCCAAGUGACGGGCAGUGAUCAGGUGCUCAGGCAAUUGGUUCUUUUGAAUCCAGAGACAAUGAACAUUACAGUAAAUUAAGGGAUUUUAAGUUUUAUUAUUAGCUCAAGCAAACAGAGUUAAAAGCAUCACAUAAGAAGUAUGCAUACCAAGCAAGAUGAUGUCCAACUCUCUUACAAGCUGUCAGGAACUCCUUAAUAAUGACAGCAGAGAUGCACCCCAAGGGCAGUCAAUUUCCAUAUACCCAGCACUAGAUUCCUUGCAGAAGUUCCUAACAAACAGCCACAACAACCUCAAGGUUUUAAUCAAAACCUGGCACCAUGACUUCAUGGCUUGCUGUGGUCAGGAGACUGUAAGACCUGAUCUUGACCGGCUGGCACAAGAUUCUGGGAUGGGAAUCAAAAGUCUGAGAAUUUCACAGCAAGGAAAGCUUUGAAGUUAUAAGAAGAUCAUCCCCCCCCCUUCUUUUAUCCAGUAAACAACAGUAAAGAAAAUAAGCAGGCUAACUCAGAACAUCCCAAAGGUGCUUUUUCACAAGGCAACUGGACUUUCUUGUUUUUCUUGACAUUUUGUUUCUCAUCCAAGAGGCUUCUUCAGCUCUUGGAUGAGAAGCGAAAACUCAAGAAAAACAAGGAAGUCCAGUUGCCUUGUGAAAAAGCACCUUGGGGGUAACUAUGACCUGGAUGACAGAGAAUCUCCAUAGACAUCUAACUCAGAACAAGCUCUGAACCUUUAGACUUUUGAUGUAUACUUUAUAUAUAUAAAAGAGAAAUCAAAAUAUCUCACUAAACUCUCCCAGGAUAACAACGGUCUUCUUCACUGCCAUUACACACAGUCAUUCAUGCUUUAGUUACCAUUGGUUUGUAUUACUGCAGUGCACAUGGGACUGAUCUGGAAGAUUUUUCAGAAUCUGCAACUUGUCCAGAAUGCAACACCCAUUAGCUUUCAUUAUGGUUUCCAGGUAUAAAUCAGCGUGCAAGUCAUCAACAGUAUGUCCUAGGGCUGGUUUAUUAGUGGGACUGCCUGUCUGCUGUUAAUUCUGCCUGCUCCACAUCUGACAAUAUUGACAUGGCAUCAGAUGGGACAAGGAGAAGCAGGUUGUCAAGAUUGAAUCACUAUGAUGCCUGCUACCUUCUAUCGCUAAUCAACUUGCCAUAGAAAAGGGGGGAGAGCUAGAAAGCGGAGGGAAGAAAUGGAAUGCCAGGAAGCUGUUCAUGGACAAUGAGAGCCUGCAAAAUGCCAAGGUCAUUACCGCAGGUGCUCGAUGGAGAAGUGGACUGUUCCCAUAACAAAAGGAAGAAUUACUAUUGGACAAUGUGAACAACCGAUGGGUGGGGGUACAGGAAUCUAUUGUUUAACUAACCAAGCUUUCAUGCAGGAAAACCCAGAGCUGGUUUUGCUUCUUUAGUUCCAAGAUAGUGUAUCCAAUAAAGUUUUACCUUUUGGGACGUAAUUGCCUUUGUUGGGUUUGCUAGUCGGACUAUUGACACAGGUCUUCUUUGUCACAGCAGCUGCCAUCACCACUAAUACCCCCCACCCCCCACCCCAAAUCCAUAUAUUUUUAACCCCAUUGGCCUUCCAAAAGACACUAAGAUCUGGUUGUUUCAGUGUGUAUUAGGUCAAGCCAUUGAAUGAGUCCAACUCUGAGAAUUUAUUUAUUCAGAAAAUGUAUUUGCUAAAGAAUCUUAAAGAAUUUAUUCAUUUAGAAAAUAUAUGUGGCAUGCCAUCUCACAAUGUAAAUGUAAAAUAACAGUAAAGACAAUAUCACAAUUGCA